GCCAGAGUGGUGCCGGAAACAACUGGGCCAAGGGCCACUACACAGAGGGAGCCGAACUGGUGGACUCGGUCCUGGACGUGGUGAGGAAGGAGUCAGAAAGCUGUGACUGUCUGCAGGGCUUCCAGCUGACCCACUCACUGGGGGGUGGCACUGGGUCCGGGAUGGGCACGCUCCUCAUCAGCAAGAUCCGGGAGGAGUACCCAGACCGCAUCAUGAACACCUUCAGCGUGAUGCCCUCACCCAAGGUGUCAGACACAGUGGUCGAGCCCUACAAUGCCACCCUCUCUGUCCACCAGCUGGUGGAAAACACAGAUGAGACCUACUCCAUUGACAACGAGGCCCUGUAUGACAUCUGCUUCCGCACCCUGAAACUGACCACCCCCACGUACGGAGACCUCAACCACCUGGUGUCGGCCACCAUGAGCGGCGUCACCACCUGCCUGCGCUUCCCAGGCCAGCUGAACGCAGACCUGCGCAAACUGGCCGUGAACAUGGUGCCCUUCCCCCGCCUGCACUUCUUCAUGCCCGGCUUCGCCCCGCUGACCAGCCGCGGCAGCCAGCAGUACCGGGCCCUGACGGUGCCCGAGCUCACCCAGCAGAUGUUCGACUCCAAGAACAUGAUGGCCGCCUGCGACCCCCGCCACGGCCGCUACCUGACCGUGGCUGCCAUCUUCCGAGGCCGCAUGUCCAUGAAGGAGGUGGACGAGCAGAUGCUCAACGUGCAGAACAAGAACAGCAGCUACUUCGUCGAGUGGAUCCCCAACAACGUGAAGACGGCCGUGUGCGACAUCCCGCCGCGCGGCCUGAAGAUGUCCGCCACCUUCAUCGGCAACAGCACGGCCAUCCAGGAGCUGUUCAAGCGCAUCUCGGAGCAGUUCACGGCCAUGUUCCGGCGCAAGGCCUUCCUGCACUGGUACACGGGCGAGGGCAUGGAUGAGAUGGAGUUCACCGAGGCCGAGAGCAACAUGAACGACCUGGUGUCCGAGUACCAGCAGUACCAGGACGCCACGGCCGACGAACAAGGGGAGUUUGAGGAGGAGGAGGGCGAGGAUGAGGCUUAAGAACUUCUCAGAUAAAUCGUGCACUCUUAGUGAACUGUCGUUGUCCUCAAUCACGCAUGGUCUUUCUAUUUGUAUACUAUGGUGCUCAGUUUUGCCCCUGUCAGAAAUUCACACUGUUGAUGUAAUAAUGUGGAACUCCUCUAAAAAUUAUAGUAUUGUCUAAGAUAUCUAUACUAAUAAAAAAGCAUGUGUCCAGAA